AUGGCCGAAUCCGUUAACAGUCAAUCGCUCUCUGCAGUGACGGAGGGGCACGACGACAGUACCACCGUAGCUACCACGGCGCCAGCAACAAUAACAACCGCAACUAAAGCACGUCGUAGCAGACAACUGAAGCAAAAGCAACGUUCAACACAACAAACAGAAUAUAAUCGUCGUAAACAAAUCAAAUUACAACAAUUCGCCAAUAAAAAUAACAAACAACAACAGCAACUUACAACCAGUAGUGCCGGAAGUGGUAGUGGCAGUGAUAUCGCUACUACAAUAGCGCAACAACAUUUAAAAAAUAAAACUACAUCUAGUGUGAGUAGUUCAAAUAAACGCAUUUCCACCAAAAGUCGAGCAAAAGCAGCAGCAGGAACUAUAACUGGAGCAGUGCAUAACAGCAGUCAGAGUAGCAGCUUUACCGGAAAGCGAUCGUCAUCACGAGGAGCCAUCAAUAACAGUACUGCUGGAGUCGAAGCCGCUUCUUCCAGUGCAAUAAGUGCUACACGAAGUGACCGCAAACGCCACCACGAUCAACAACAGCUGAAGUCCACAACAGUUGCGGCAACAGCGACAUCUUCAUUACAACAAAAGAGCAAUAACGAUUCAAGUUCACCACUUAAGAAGCGCCGUUAUCAUACUACUAACAUAUCUGCUAGCACAUCAACAACAACAACUGCGCAAAACAAAAACUCUAUAGCGCCAGCUACAUCAACAGAGGACUUAGGACCUGGUUUUAAUUCGGGCGAUUGUGUUGCACAGCGCACUCGCUCUAAGACACUUACCACAGAAGACGCACAGAAGCUUGUUAGUACCACUAGCAAUCGAAGCAAUAGACAUUCAUUUCCACUUGUAUCGGCAAAGAAGCAUACACGUCGCAGUGGGGGUAAAAAUAGCGAAAUUGUCUUUAACAAAAGUAAUCAUAUAAGCAGUCAACACAUUGAGUCAGUGUCUACAGCAACAACAGCAACAGGAACGCAACAGAGCACCUUUAGUGUGAGCAGUAGCAGCGGUGGCAGUAGCACCAGCACCGACCAUUCAAAAAGUAACUUACUAAAUUAUUUUCGAAAAACACGUAAAAUCAGUCACAGUCGUACUGCAGCGCCCAUCAAACGAGGAACAGCACACUUCGCAGACGACAGUGCCGAUAAUAGCAGCGAUAACAACCAGCAACACCAAGAGAAAAAAAAUCGUAAGCUCAACACAACCGCCGAGGGAAAGAACAGCCGAACAAAUUCAAGGCAAAGUAAAAGUCUUCAAAACAGUAGCGCCAAUACCACAACAGCAACGUCGUCUGGCUCUCGUAAAAGUGAAUGUAGUAGUGGUGAUAAGAGGCAACAACAAAAUCAACAGCACAACACUCGCACUUUCUUAUCAGUUGUAGGCAGUCGAAUAAAAUUAAAUACGAAGUCACCAUCAACAAGUGGAACCGUAGACACAACAAACACAAAUUCUCUACAAAAUCAGAGCGCCGCACCAUCAGCCACAGCUGUAGCUAGUAACGCAGAAGGAGCAGGACCGUCGAGUAGUCGAACAACGACCGUUACUGGUGCUUUACCUAACGUCGACAGAUAUUGUAAAUAUCGUAAGAGUUUACGCAACUAUCAUCAGCUGAUUUCGUUUGUAAACGAAACAAACACUGCACCGGCGAAGUAG